CGUAUCUUUAAUUAUGACUUGGGUGUUAAUAUGUCUUAUCUUUUUGCUCCCUCCAGCACUUAUAAUCCCCGAGGUCAUAGCAAGAAGGUUCAUAAACCACGAUCUAAUAAACUUAAAGUGGGGUUUCGUUUUUCUCAUCGAGUAGUCAAUCAUUGGAACGCCUUACCCGAAGAAGUGGUAUCAACCUCAUCAGCGAAUACUUUCAAGGAGAAGCUGGACUUUCACUGGAAAGCAAUUUGUCAGGAUUAAUACAGGUUCACCAACCUACUAUCCUUAUUACUGAAGACUGAAUACGCAAAUCUGAACUUGUGCGUUACAUUUGGCCUUUAGGCAUAAAAUUUUACAUAAUCUGCCAUCAUUCCGUUGGACGGCAAGCCAUAAUACCUGGGAAUCCAGAUUUGAUAGAAAUGAAUGGCGUGAAGGAUUUUCCACGAUCAAACCCAUCCAUUCGAUCAUACACUCUAGAGAAAUAUCAGAUGCUUCGUUUUGAAGUUACUUCACCAUCUGGUUUAACUUUGGUUUCUGGUGCUGCUGAAGUUUUUGGUACUGAACUCGUUUGUGGUUGGGAGUUACAGUUAUAUCCAGGUCAACGAGGAACAGUCGUUACGUUCCAUGGCUGCAAACUGAUUGUUCAAGACCAGGGAGUUGCUGCCUAUAUAAUCGCCUCAUCGGAAGAUCAAGAAAUUGUGCACGUAUAUGUGAAUAUUCACGCUAACCUAGAAGUUUCACGACAAAAAGCUGUAAAGGAACAAAGUAGAGGGCCACGCGUAUUAGUAUGUGGUCAAGAAAGUGUUGGGAAGUCUACACUUUGUCGCACUUUGGCAAGUUAUGCGGCUCGUAGAAAACACAAACCAAUAAUUGUAGAUGUUAACGUUGGACUCAAUCAGGUGUGUAUACCAACAACUAUUGCUGCAAUAAGUGUUACCAAACCAUAUGAUUUGAUGGAAGGGUGGAGUCUAGAGGAAGAUCCACUAGUAUUUUGUUUCGGUCACACUGAUCCUGCGAGUAACUUAAAUCUUUUUCGAGAACAAGUGAAUCGAUUAGCCGAACUUAUCAAUAUUCGUUCUGAGAAUGAUAUGAGUAUAUUCACUAGUGGUUGUAUAAUCAAUAUGAGUGGAUUUCGUAAAGAUGAUUCAGAUGGUGGGUCAAGUAAAGAAAAGGGUAUCCAAGCCAUACGAACGACUGCUGCAGCUUUCGAAGUUGACACAUUAUUGGUCAUAGAAGAUGGAUUUCUAGCUUCGUUCCUGCGUGAAGAUCUUCCUCCCGAGGUGACUAUAGUAAGAUUGCCUAAAUCGUCAGGUGCUAUAACUAGAAGUCCAGAUCAGUGGACACGUCAGCGAGAUGCUCGAGUCUGCGCCUAUUUACAUGGCGAAAACCCCUUGAGACGUCUACAUCCACAUCAAAUAACGCUUAAAUCUUCUGAGUAUUCAAUUUACAAAGUUGGAAGUGAGGCCAUUCCCGAUGCACUACUUCCACAUGGAGCACAAGAAGAGGAGACAUGGCGUAAUCCCAUCCAGGUUUCAGUUAGUCGAGAUUUGAAGAAUCGUCUGUUGGCAGUUUCUCAAGCUUCAGAACCUUAUCAAGUUCCAGAAGCUCCUGUUUAUGGAUUUAUCGUAGUUGUUAAUGUUUCCGAGGACAAGUCCGCAUUCACCAUACUCAGCCCAAGUCCACAUCCUCCUCCAAAUAAUCUAUUUUUAUUAACCAGUAUUUGUUACGUUGAUCCUGAAUCACUGUAAUUUCAUAUGUAAAAAUUGACCAGUGGUCUUGUAAAUAUAUUUCUCUGUUGUACUGUUAAAGCAAACGUUUAUUGGAUUUUAUUAGAAUUAAAUAUCGAUAAACUAUUCCAUCACAUAUGAGAGCCUUACAUACGAAUGAUUUAAAUGGGUACAAAAUACAUCAAGCUGUUGAAAAAAUAACAAGUUCGAAUAUUUUUAAUGCGCGCUACUGAAGAGUUCCACAAUAGGACGAAAUGGUCGUCCAGUGCUUCCAGGUUUUCACUGGUGGUCUAACACCAAUCGGUUCAUGAUCUCUAUCAGAAACUUAAUAUCGUUUAUGACAAACAUAAAAUUUAUGAUUGGUGAAUGAACAAGAUAUAGUCAUGCAAGGUCAAAGAGAGUUAAUGUGGUGGUGGGCGUUUAGUGUUGUCAUUAGUGAGUUCGUUUAUCGAUCAUUUCUUUCGUAGGUUGUGUAAUAGUUAUUUUACAUUUAAGCAGUUAACAGAAAUUACAGAUUGAUGAAGACAUAAAUUUAACGUAGACGGAAUGAUAUGUAGCUAAACGAAGAUGGCUCAAAUGAAAUUAUGUUAGUAACAACAAUCUGACGCUAUACUUUAAUGCUUCUGAAACAACUUUCUGAGUGAUUUUAACUUAGUGGGGAUAAUAUUCGGAUGUUAAACCAAAUUAACCGUUAAGUAGAUAUUUUAUAACAGAUGUAUAAAGCGAGAAUAUU